AAUGGAUGGCGCGUGUCUCUAUAACAACGGCAAUGCAAUAUAGCAGCUGGAAAGUCACACGCGAACGUAUUUCCGACAGACCACAACAUUUCGGAACCCAUAGCGAAGCCUUAAAUCACAAGUAAUCACGGAAGAAAAUAUGGGAGAUAUCGAGAGAACAAUGGUUAACGGAAAGUCGUCCCAAAGCUGCAGACCAACCGUGAAUCUACAGAAGCAAGAUCGUCGUUCGGAUAGUUGGAAGAUACAACAAGAGCCUGCGUGUCCUAUAAACGUGAAAUGUCCAGAGCUGGGGGAGAGGAUUAACGAUUGGCUGACAUACGUAAGGCGAGACAUGGACGAGAAAAAUCAACUAAAAACAUCAGAGGUAAUGAACCGCCAACAAAGACAAUCACUGGAGGACAAGGAUGCUGUUUUAGUCUGUAUAUAUGACCGACAGUGUAGGAUUCGUCAGAAUCGUUCCAGCACAAACCAUUAUAGGUAUGACCAGCCGGCAUUAAGCUAUCACGAGCUUGGAAAUGGGCAUAUUAGUCAAACAAACUCGAACGGUCAAUGGACACAUGGCAGUGCCAUCGACACACGUAACAGCGACAGUGAGCCAAAUGUUUCAUGUUCAAUUUCCAUCCAGUCAAAUGCGAGCUGCAAUCAACCGAGUAAAUGCUCGGAACAAUCAAAUGCAUUCUUCAAACGACCAAAUACGGACUGCAAACCGCCAAAUGCAGGUUUUAAACAACCAAAUACGGUCCGAAAACCGCAAAAUGAAAGAUUCAAACAGGCAGGCAUAUGUUGAAAGGCAGGAAAUGGAGAUAUCAAACAACCGGAUACAAAUUAAAAACAAUCAAUAAACAUCUCGAACAGACACAAGCAUGUUUCGACCAAGAUACAAAUACGGGUGCAAUUUCAUACACAUUAAAAAUCCAAACACGGGUUUCAUACAUUUACCGGAAGUUGAACACUUUCUGUAUACAGCUAAGUUUUGAGGCUGUAGAGGAAAGGAAAAGCAGAUUGGGAACGAGAAGCGAUAGGGUAAGUCUCCCGAAUAAAAAAUUACUUUGAUCCACAGAUUUUUUUUCUGCGAUUGCAUCGAUUCCCAUCAUAGAUACAUAUCGGGUACAUGAUACGUCUACGUGUAUCUACUAUCAUAUCACGAACUUCAUCCUCACCGUUUAAAUUCACUUACUGCCCAUGUUUGACAUUUGGUAUUAUCAUUAUGACAUACACUUAUUAAAGUAAUGCUUGUUAUUCCUUUUAGUGUACCAUAUUAUUGUUCAGAAAUGAAAUGAGUAGUGUACCAUAUUAUUGUUCAGGAGUGAAAUGACACGGUCAUUAGAUUGACAUGUACAUGUAUACUGAAUUAGUCUUUGUGUUAGGUUCAGGAUGUGAACGGAGCCGUCUGUAUGUAUUGAUUUUACAAGGAAACUCCUGGGAGUUAGGGAGACAACAUUUAUUUACAAACUUGUAAUUUACGGUGCAUGCAUUUUAAAGGAAGGAAUAUUUAAAAUGGAUUAUUGUUGAUUAGAAGCUAAGGGAAUUCAAUCGGAGGUGGGAAUGCAAAUUUCUUGUCAAUAAUGUUUAUUUCAUUUUCAUAUAUACCGUGUUUAAUUUUUUACGUUUUUAUUAAUGUAUUAAUGCUAAUCGCAUUUUCUUUCAACUGCUCAUCUCUUUUGAGUUGUGUGCUCUCCUGUUCUCUCGAGAUAAACCUCUGGGUUAACGAUUCAAAUCCAUUUCAAAUGACGAGAAAGCAACAUUUUCCUGACUUGAAUACUCGAUAUCUUCGAUAUCUGAAAUCUCUAUUUUGUAGUAAUAUACACCAUUAUUUGAUUUUGUAAAUAAGUAUAGUCAUCGCCUUUUUCCAAAUACAUGUACUGUUUUUUUCUUUUAGUUCCUGUGCUCUUUCGCUCGAUACGUUUCGUUGUUUUGUCCAGACUGAGGUGCUUUCUCAGGAUAUAACGUAACGUAAGGUCAUUGAUACAUAUCUAAAUGUAAACGAUUUCCCCAAUCGCAUUUAAAUAUCUGAAAACGUUAAUUUUCAAUCCCGAAAUUAAAAUGGCCAUUCGCAUUCAUAGGCAAUUGUGUGCAAUACUUAAUUUGGCAUUUCUUGAGUGUGUGUAGAAGAUCUGCUUCAGAAACGUUCUUCUUUUUUCAUCAAAUGAGUUGCGUCCUAAGCUACCAACACUUUUGUUGGUAUCCUGAUUUUCUAAGUGAGUUUUAGAUUCAUAGAUACGUUUAUAAAGAAAACAUUUUUCAAGUUCAUAAAAUCGUUGUCAUGGUGAUACAUAAUUAUUGGUCACAUCUCAUGACGAUAAAUAACACUUGGUAACAUAGAUGUACAUAUUCCGGGUCAUCUACGAACCUGUAGAGCUCGAGCGGUUGUUAAACAUUGUUCUGUAAAAGUGGACUAUGCUGUAAAAAGAAAUUCCUUUCCCGUCUGGCAUCGACUGAUAAUGUCCCUAAACGUUAUUUCUUUGAUUGAUAUUUGCUGAAUGUUUUAAAUUUGUUUUUUUUUUUGCAUGAGGUAUCCUGAUUUUCUAAGUGAGUUGGAUGGUUGGGCACAAGACACAUAAAACGAAGAAACAGUUCUCUGUAUGUUUCAUCAAUAUCAAACAACACAUUUUAGUCUUUAAAAGGCUUUAUUUCAUUUUCGUAUACAUGUGUAUUAUACAUAUUGUAUGAUUGUUCUAAAAUUGCAUUUAUCUUCAAUAAAGGUUUACUU